AUGGCGGAAGGAAGAUCUACAUACGUGCCGCCGCACAUGCGUGGAAGCGGCGGCGGUGGCGACCGCGGCGACGACGAUCGUCGUGGAGGCUUUGACGACCGUCGCGGCGGCUACGGCGGCAAUGAACGUCGAGGCGGAUCACGUGAACGCGGCUACGGAAACCGCAGCGGCUCUCGCGAGCGUGGCGAUGGCCCUCCUCGUGCGACGAACUCGCGAUGGUCUGGAUUUGAGUCGGAACGUCGAGACGACCGCCGAGGAGGCUACGGUGACGACCGUCGUGGUGGUUACGGAGGCGGAGGCGGCUACGGUCGCGGCGGCGGCGGCGGUGGCGGUGCCCGCGUGAACGAACUAGGCUACCACGGCGACGUUCGCCGCAACGAACGCCUGGAGCACGAGCUGUUCGGUGACGCCAAGUCGUCCGGUAUUAACUUUGACAAGUACGACGACAUUCCAGUUGAGACGAGCGGCGAGAACGUGCCCGAUCCGGUCACCGAAUUCGCGGAGGAGCAACUCGGCCCCGAGGUUAUCCGCAACCUGGAGCUGUGCAAGUACUCGAAGCCCACACCCGUGCAGAAAUACUCGAUCCCGAUUGGUCUGGCCGGACGUGACAUGAUGGCAUGUGCCCAGACAGGUUCUGGUAAGACGGGUGGCUUUCUGUUCCCCACGCUAGCGGCCAUGCUGCGUGUGGGCGGCACGCCUCCACCCGACGUCGGCCACGGCCGCUCGCGCAAGAUUUUCCCGGCCGGUUUGAUCCUGUCGCCCACGCGUGAGCUGGCGUCUCAGAUCCACGACGAAGCGAAGAAGUUUUGCUACUGCACGGGUAUCGCGCCCGUUGUUAUCUACGGUGGUGCAGAGGUCGGCCGUCAGUUGCGUGAGUUGGAACGCGGUUGCGACCUGCUUGUGGCCACUCCCGGCCGCCUUGUGGACCUGAUGGAGCGUGGCCGUAUCUCUCUGUCAUGCAUCCGCUUCUUGAUUCUGGACGAGGCCGAUCGAAUGCUGGACAUGGGUUUCGAGCCCCAGAUUCGCCGCAUUGUCGAGCAGGAGGACAUGCCUCGUGAACGUCAGACCUUCAUGUUCAGUGCCACGUUCCCGUGUGAGAUCCAGCGCCUCGCGUCCGACUUCCUGCGUGAUUACAUUUUCCUGACGGUUGGCCGUGUCGGCUCCGCUUCGAAGGAUGUGAAGCAGACAGUGGAGUACAUUGAGCAGUACGACAAGGAGGACUACCUUGUGCGUUUCCUGAACCAGGUGCAGGAUGGUUUGAUCUUGGUGUUCGUGGAGACCAAACGCGGCGCUGAUUUCCUGGAGGACAUGCUGUGCCGUGAAGGCUUCCCGGCCACGUCAAUCCACGGUGACCGCUCGCAGCGUGAGCGUGAACAGGCCCUGGCCAGCUUUAAGUCGGGCCGUACGCCCGUGCUGGUGGCCACUGAUGUGGCUGCCCGUGGUCUAGAUAUUGAUGGUGUGACUCAGGUUAUUAACUUUGACCUGCCCAACAACAUCGACGACUAUGUCCACCGUAUCGGCCGUACCGGUCGUGUGGGUAACGUGGGUUACGCUCUCUCGAUGAUGAACGAGAAGAACCGUAACAUCGCUCGUGAGAUGUACGAGCUGAUGGCGGAGAACGGCCAGGAGAUCCCGGCCUUCCUGGACCAGAUGGCCAGCAGCGGAUUCCGUGGUGGAGGCCGCAGUGGCCGUGGCGGCCGUGGUGGUCGUGGCGGCUCUCGCUUCGGUGCUAAGGAUUUCCGAAACGAAGAGCGUGGCGGUGGUGGAAACCGUGGUGGCAGUGGCGGCUACGGCGGCGGCUUCGGUGGAGGCGGUGGCUAUGGCGGUGGCUACGGAGGCGGUGGCGGCGGCGGUGGCGGCUACAGUGGUGGCGGCAGUCGCGGUGGUGGCUCCCGCAGCGAAGACAACAGCGCCUGGUAA